CUCUCGCGUCCCUCUGCUCUGCCUGCCCUCUCUCCCUCCCUCUCUCUCUCUCUCUCUCUGUCUGGAGGAAGAGAAAGGGACCAUUAGCACAAAACAUAUCGUCUCUUUGAAACUCGAACUGAGGCGAAUAAUAAUAUAUAAUAAACAAACCUAAAAUUCUAAAAAUGAGAAUUACAAUCACAAAUCACAAAUAGAUAAAAAGGAUUUUCUUGGGGAUCAUUUUCUCUCUCCCUCUUCUUUACUUUCCCCUGACCCUUCAAUUUUCCUUCCCUCCAAACACCGUUCCCGCUUGUGCAUUCGCGGGGACAAGUGUGAGAAGCCAUUGAGGUUCUGGUGUUCGCGGUUGUGCUCUCUUUGCCUUCGCCGGCUCCUCUUGAUUCCCCCAACCGAUUUUUUUUUUCAAGGCUUCGAGCAUUUAUCCUGAAAGGUGAAUGAUAAUUAUAAACGAUUUUCAGAGCUGGUAUUUGAAAAUUAUUCGCCGUGAUAUUUUUAAUGGGCAGGCGUCUUUCUUUUCUUGGGCGUAGGUUCGGGGUUGAUUGUUUGAUCUGAGGGGGACCGACAAAAUAAAGGAGCGCUUGGCAUGGAAAGAGGGCAUUGCUAUAAUUUGUUCUAUUAUUAUUGAUUUACAAAUUCUUCGCGUUUGGAUGUUAAUUUGAAAUGGAAUCGGACGCAGCUCCAUUUUCCAGCCAAUUGGUAAAAUGUUGCGACGGUGGGUGUAGAUGUUCUUUGGUAGCUGAAUCUCCGGGCACUUGGAUUCGUUCUGUUAAACGGAAGCAUGAUGAGUUUGAACGGGGUAACCAAUUGUUUCUACCUGCCUUGAAUUACUUUUCAGUUGCAAGGGUCCAAAUUGAGAAUGAAUGUGCUGCAUUGCGCGAGAUAGUUAGCAGACAACAGGAAACUAUACAAGAUUUAUAUGCUGAGCUGGAGGAAGAGAGAAAUGCUUCAUCGACAGCUGCAAACGAGGCCAUGUCAAUGAUAUUAAGGUUGCAGAGGGAGAAGGCAGAGAUUCAAAUGGAAGCCCGGCAGUUCAAAUCCUUUGUGGAGGAGAAGAUGUUGCAUGAUCGGGAGGAAGUCCUAGCAUUUGAGGAUUUGUUGUAUAAAAGAGAACAAGCAAUCGAGUCACUUACUUGUGAAGUGCAGGCUUAUAAGCAUAGGAUGAUGAGCUAUGGGCUCACUGAGUCUGAAGCAGAUGGUAGGAGUCUGUAUAUGGAAGAUAUUGAUGCUGAAUAUGAACCUUCCAUCCAUGAAUACCCUCCGUUGAAGUGCAAUGUAAAUGAAACACAUAAUGCUGCCAGGGAUGCUGAUGACGUGGACGUUGAGAAAUAUGCAUUUGGUGAAACCCCUCGUGAUCGAUUGAGGAAUUUGGAAAAUAGGAUAUGUCAAAUGGAAAGAAAUCCCACUUAUAGCCAGGUGGAUGGGGAUAUUUCAGGAAAAAAUAUUCUAGAGAAGGUGAUAGUUGGGCAGUCUCCUCGACCAAGUAAACAUUCGAGGAAAUUUUCUGGUGACUCUAGUACAUAUGCUGGAAUGGGUAGAGAGAUGAGACCUGAAUCUUUUGUGGAUUCUCCUAAACUUAGUUCUUCCUUUCGGAAGAUUGAUCAUAUCGCACUGCCAGAGGAUCUAUCCAACUUGAAAAGGGUAGACAAUGCAUCAGAAGCUGGUGACGACACUGGUGACAGAGUUUAUACCAUCGACUCUAUUCAUAGUGGCCCCCAAAAUGGUAUUAAAGAGUCCAAACCUGUAUCUGGUGUUUAUGAAGAUUAUUCAACCACUCCAAGGGUUGACAAUGUUUUUGGAUAUGAAGACCCUGACAUUAAAAAGUUAUCAAUGAGGCUCCAGGCACUUGAGGCUGAUAGGGAAUCAAUGAAGCAGACAAUCAUUUCAAUGAGUACUGAUAAAGCACAGAUUGUGUUACUGAGGGAAAUAGCUCAACAUUUAUGCAAAGAGAUGUCACCCCAAAGAAGAAUGGCAGUGAAAAGGCCAUCUGUUGGCGGAUUUUCGUCUAUCAUUAAGACAAUCACAGCUGCUCUUUCAUGGAGGAAGAAGGCACGCCAAAGCAAGUAUACGUUCGGGCAAUCAGCCAACGGCGUCGGCUUGCAAACGCUUCUGGAUAAUGGGCCUCGUGCAAGGCAAUGGAGAUGUCUUUCUAGCACAGAACUCAGAGUUUAGUUCUUGAAUCCCUGUAUCAGCCCACAGCGCAGAGCCCAAAAAGGGAAGCACCAACUCAAUUUUAACCCCACUAUUGCGAGGAGAUAUAUCUUUUUUUUUCUUUUAAAUAUUUUUUCUCGUGGGAAGUGUGGUGUUUUAUGCAUUGUUAGUUCAUUCGUUCUUUUGUAUUCUUUGCAUGAAAUUGAAUGUAAUUUGUUGGUUGUUUUGUGAAAAAUGAAGUGAGCAUGAUUUGCUCGAAUAACCUGUACAUGGCAUACAUAAUGUUUCAUAAUCUUAAGUUCAAUGCAAGUUUCUUAACUCUC